UAGAUGCUAGCAAUCAUCACUCGCCCCAGGUCCUUUAUUCCACAGGCAAUACUCGAGAACGAUGGGGUCGUUCGACGGAGAUUGAAGCAUUCGCAGAGAGGUGGAAAAGAUGAAGAAAGAAGAUACCGUGAAGCUGAUCAGCGCCGAGGGUUUCGAAUUCGUGAUCGAUAAGAAGGCAGCUAUGGUUUCUCAGACCAUCCGCAAUAUGCUCACUUCCCCAGGGGGUUUCGCCGAGACGGAGCAUGGAGAAGUCACUUUCCCUGAGAUUAGCACCAAUAUUCUUGAGAAGAUUUGCCAGUACUUUCACUGGCACCUUCAAUUUGCCAGUGGAAAGGAGACGGAGUUCCACAUUGAACCUGAACUGACUCUGGAGUUGAUGAUGGCUGCCAAUUAUCUUCAUACUUGAAUGAACCACAAUUCGUCCUUCUUGGGGGGCUAGUCUCUUUGGAAUUGCCCCUGGCUCAAAAUUAUUCUUCGGAACAAUGAAGGAUUUUGGUCUUGUUGCCCAAGAAGGCUCAAAUAUUUUAGGAUCUCUGACUUUGUUUGGUUUCAUCCAUUGCUUGCUGCUCUGCAAAGUGGUAUCUUUGCCCCUUUUAUGUGUAAUAAUAACUGCUUCGUUUAGGACAGUGUAAGCUGAGGAGGGGAUCGAUUUAGCCAAACUGCAUGCAGCUACCAUUGUUAUUGUACAUGUAACAAAUUCAAAUGCUAAGCAUUGUGGAGGGAAAAAGAAAAUAUAUGGUCUGUUAAGUUUGUAUUGUA